AUGUCGGCCAAGGACUACUACGGCGGCGGCGGCGCUCCUCAGGGCGGCUACCCGCAGCAGGGCUACCCCCAGCAGGGAUACGGCCAGCCCCAGCAGGGCUACUACCCUCCCCCUCCCCAGCAGGCCUACGGCGGCCAGCAGCAGGGCUACUACCCCAACCCGCAGCCGCAGCCCGUCUACGUCCAGCAGCCCCCGCAGAAGAAGGGCGGCGGAGGAGGAGGUGGAACUGCCUGCUGCGCGUGCUGCGCCGGUAUGCUCGCGUGCUGCUGUCUCGAGGACCUCUGUCUCGACUGCAUGUUCUAA